AUGCCCCAGCGCCAGGUCGUGCAGGUGUCCACCAGCCGUGCCUGCUAUGCCGUCUGCGUGCUGGGCACCGAGGUCCUUCUGGACAUGCACCGAUCUACCCCCAAAGGCGCUGCGUUGUUUGAGGUCCAUGCCACCUCUGCAGUGACAAUCCAUGUCAUCCACAAUCCUGCGACAAAACCCACAAAUACCUCCCAAUGGCCGCUGGACCCUGAUAUAGAGGUUCUGGUGACUGUUGAUGUCACCAGCAGGACUGUCAAUGACAACAAGGUGAAGAUCUCAUACUAUGGAUGGGAAGGCAAUGAACUCGCCGUGGCUUGGUUGUAUCUCACCUGCGUAGACAUAUCCCUGGACGUUGACCUGAGCCGCAGCGGCCGCGUGAGGAGCAAAGGAAAGGACAAGGCAAAAUGGACGUGGGGCCCGGAUGGACAAGGUGCCGUGCUGCUGGUGAACUGUGACAAGGACAGCCCCAGUGCCGUGGGGACGGACAGUAGCGACACGGAGAUCCGGACCCACGCAGACCUCCAGGACAUGUCGGUUAUGAUCCUGCGGGCUCAAGGUCCCAGCGCUAUCUUCACCGAACAUCAGCUGGUUCUUCACGUCCCGGAGUCAGACGCGGACAAAGUGAGAGUUUUCCAUGCGAUUCGUCAUGACUCGCACCUCCAGUGUAUACCCGUGUUGGGCCCAAACAAGCUCUCCUACGUACUAGACCACGUCAGUGGAGGAGACAGCACUUUCUACGUAGAAGGACUUUCUUUCCCUGAUGCUGACUUCUCUGGGCUGGUUUCCUUCAGCAUCAGUUUGCUGGAGUACUCACCGGGCACCCUGAUUUUCACCGACACGGUGGUUUUCCGAGUGGCACCCUGGAUAAUGACCCCGAACACCCAGCAACCUCUAGAGGUCUUUGUCUGCAGCAUCAACAAGGGCAUCACCUCCAACGAUGUCUUUCUGGAGGGUCUCCAGGUCCUGAUGAGGAAAGCCAACUGCAAGCUGACCGUCUGCUCGGAAGUCGAAAGCCGGAGUGACCGCUGGAUCCAGGACGAGCUGGAGUUUGGCUACGUGGAAGCUCCUCACAAGACCUUCCCCGUGGUCUUUGACUCACCCAGGAACAGAGGCCUGAGGGAUUUUGCCUUUAAGAAGAUCCUGGGCCCCGAUUUUGGUUAUGUGACCCGAGAGCCCCCUGGAAAAGAGGUGUCGAGCCUGGACUCCUUUGGGAACCUGGACGUGAGCCCGCCGGUGACGGUGCGAGGGAAGGAGUACCCCUUUGGAAGGAUCCUCAUCGGGAGCACCCUCCCUUGGGCCUCUGGUCGGCGGAUGUCAAAGGCUGUCCGAGAUUUCCUCUACGCCCAGAAGGUGCAGGCGCCCAUUGAGGUCUACUCGGAGUGGCUCAGCGUGGGCCACGUGGACGAAUUCCUGACGUUCGUGCCCGCUUACGACAGGAAGGGCUUCCGUCUCCUCUUGGCCAGUCCCAACGCCUGCUACAAGCUCUUCAAGGAGAAGCAAAAGCAGGGUUACGGCGAUGCCACCCAGUUCGUGGGGCUGAAGAACAUGGAGAGGAUGAGCAUUGACGAGCUGCUGGCGGACGAGGCGCUGCAGGGUGACAACACGCACGCGCAGCGCUGCAUCGACUGGAACCGAGACCUCCUCAAGCAGGAGCUGGGCCUGAGCGAGCAGGACAUCAUCGACAUCCCCCAGCUCUUCGUGCUCAGGGAGUCCCGCGCGGACGCCCUCUUCCCGGACAUGGUGAACAUGCUGGUGCUGGGGAGGCACCUGGGCAUCCCCAAGCCCUUCGGGCCCGUCAUCCGCGGCCAGUGCUGCCUGGAGGAGAAGGUCCGCUCCUUGCUGGAGCCCCUGGGGCUCAGCUGCACCUUCAUCAACGACUACUUCUCCUACCACGUGCUGGCCGGCGACGUCCACUGCGGCACCAACGUGCGCCGCAAGCCCUUCUCCUUCAAGUGGUGGCACAUGGUGCCCUGA